AUGAAGCACGGUGAAGGUGCUUUUUGUACGAAAAUAUUGCCAAAAGAAUUGUUUCCGCCAGGAAGGUGCAGGAAGUGCAAAUAUACCGGAAGAGAGAGCGAAAGUGGAAGAGAAUUAAAAUGCGUCACAGAUAACGUUUUCGUUGACGAUCGUAAUGCAACAAGUCAAUUAAGAAAAUGGUUCAACGAAUUGCGCGGACGCAUAAUGUGCCGCGCAUUUACACACUCGUUCAUGAAUCCCCCUAUCCCAGUCAUGAGCUCUCAGAUCACGUGUACGAUGAACUGA